AUGGAGGCGGCCGGCGAGGCCCGGCGUGCGGGCCCGGCGUGCAGGGAGCUCGGUGCCGAGGGCCCGGCGGGCCGCCGCGGCGCCUCGGCCGAGAAGACCUCGCUGGAAGUGAGAUGGGUUCAGGGAUUCUCAGACAAGAUUGGCUUUGUCAACAAUCACACUGUUUGCUAUCCUUGUGGCAAUUACAUCCUCUUUGUCGACAUUGAAACAAAGAAGAAGACAGUACUGGAGUGUCAGACUGGCCAGGUGGGAGCAUUUGCAGUGAAUGGCAACAGUGAAGUGGUGGCCUUUUCAGACCGGAAGCUGAAUCCCUUCAUAUAUAUCUACACUUUUCCAGAACUGAAUAAACUGACAGAAUUAAAAGGUAGUGUUCAGUUGGACUACACCUUACUUGCAUUUAGUUUCACGGGGCCAUAUCUGGCCAGUUACUCUUCAAUCCCAGAAUUUGUUCUUUCAAUAUGGAAUUGGCAAGAAAAUAUCCUCCUGUGCAGCGAAUCUCAGCCAGGAGUAACAGCGACCUCUUUAAGUUUUAACCCUAUGAAUUGGCAACAACUGUGUUUUGUUAAUGAGAGCUCUCUUAUUAUCUGGGAUAUUGAAAGGAAUAAUGAAGAUCAUUAUCUUAAGCGAAACCCUGUGAAACUCCCUGAUGAAGAAGGGUCUCUGAGUCCUUGUGAGGAUUUGUUUUCCCCAGAUUCUCAUAGUGAAAGCCCUUACUAUGGCCCUGUGAUGCCAAUUUCUGCUAUUGCUGGACUAGUAGGAGAUGAAGCAGAAACAUUCAUGCCUAGAGAUGUCAUUAAGCCUUCAGUGCAUCCUACUGUCCAUUGCUGGACUUCAACCUCUGACAUUUACAUGGGCUGUGAAGAAGGACACGUUUUGGCAAUUAAUGCUGAGACACUGAAUGUUUCUUUUCUUCAACAAAGCCCUUUACCUGAAGAAACGCGUAACAUAUUGGACCUGUUGUCAUAUCUUUAUAGAGAAGUACAGAAAAAGAAAGAUGGCAAACUGAAGGAUCUGGAAAAACGAGUGGUAUUGUCCAUGGCAUUUUGUAACGAUGGACUAUACACAGCUGGAAGUGAAGGCAUUGUAUUCCGUUACCAUAUCAAAGGUCUCCAGUAUGAGAUGACAGUUUGCACUGAUAUCUCACAACCCAUAUCCAGCCUCAUACUCUCUCCUGAUUACACCAUACUUCUGAUUGUAACCAAGCAGGGGACAGUCUAUACUUACAAACCUGCUCAUGAUGGAGAAGCAGUCAAACUCAUGGAUGCAUGCAGCGGUUGUUUUCUGUCAGCUGAUUUUCUUACACCAGGGAACAAGUACUGUGUGUCUGUAGCAAUUUCAGGGGAAGUGCAAGUUUGGCUCCUGGAAGAUGGAACUUGUCUCAGCAAGUUAAGCCUCGAUACUGAGGAAAACAUAACUGGGAUCUUUACGGCAACUGCUAUGGCUUGCUGUCCCUCCUCAAACAGUGUUGCAGUAGGGACCAAAAGGGGUGAAAUCUAUUUCAUCGAUGUUACUGAAGUUGAAACUCCACGGAUUGUUCACAGAAUUUUUAUUUCGAAAUUUCCAGUGCUGUCUCUGCAUUAUGACCAGAGUGGCCAGUUCCUCAUCGCUAGAGCUACAGAAGGACAUAUAUUUGUUCUAGAUGCCCGGCCCUCAAAAUUAUUCCAGGUUCUUGGAUAUAUAGUGUUGGCAGAUGAAGUCGUUGGACUUUCUGUGGUCUCUGACUUCAAGCAUGACUUAGUUGAAGUGGUAGUACUUCUUAAAGUAGCAGAGCUUCAGCGAGCAAGACUGGAAAUUUUUUGUCUACCUCCAGCUCUCACAACAGAUAAUGAUAAGUAUGUUAAUGAACAAGGAAUGCUUAAGGCUAGUGCCAUUAAAAUGGAGCAAUAUGAUCUGGAUUAUCCUUUGAGCUCAGCAGUCAAAUUGAAGGAUGAUGUGUAUGGCUACUGUACCUGUGCACCUUUCAUCUGUAAAUACCAUCUUUCUGAAAAGAAUAUGUUGAAAGACCUAUCAGUUUUUUUAUCAGAGAAGAGAACUCCUAGCAAUCAGUUUGGACGAGGGUUCCUUUGUUUAUCACCCAACAGUCGGUGGUUGGCCUCAGCAGCAGAGGAUGGGGUUUUGUUCAUCUAUCAUACUUUUACUAUGGAGAUACUUGCUCAAAAGCAUUGUCAUUCAUAUCAAGGAGGGGGAAUCAGAUCCAUGGUAUUUUCACUGGAUGGCCAAUUUAUCCUCGUUAAUGGCGUAAAUGAUGGUGCCUUGGUGUGCCUGAAAUGGAAGAGGAUAAAGAAAGUUGAAAUUAAGGACGCUGCUUUUCACUGGCGAACUCUUCUUGCUAUAUUGAACCAGUCCACUUUCAAUGAAAAUGCUGUUUUAAAAUCUAUGCCACAAUGGCAGUUUGACCCAGAAUCCACAUCGGAAUCACUCCCAGAAGAGAAAUUUGAGGAGGCACCUGAAUCUUCCAAUGUAGAGCUGACAGAAGACAGAAGCUUCACCAGAUUGAAUUCAGCCAUUACUAAUGAAAUGACAUGGAUAGAUCAGAAAAUGAAGAAGGUCAUUAGAGAAGAGACUCAGAAGUUUGCUAACCAGAAGAAAGAGCUGAAAAUGAGAAUUAAAAAGCUGCGUAAAAAUAUCCAGAAAAUGAUGCAUGAGAAUGAACAGAUGCCAGAUAUUGAGAAACUGGAGCAGCAGGAGUUCAACCUGGAUAUAGAAGAGCAGGAAAGAGUGCAAGCAGAGGCUGAACAAGAAGUAGCCAGGUUGAGGAAGGAGAUUGAUAUGGAGAAUUUAGCCAACUGCUAUUUGCAGGAUGUUAUCAAACGUGAGUGCUGGGAUUCCAUGUGUGUAAAAGGACGUGCAGUUAAGUGUUUCCAUAUAGCCUGUGAAGUGAAUAAUUAUCCUCUGAAGGAACGUAGUGAAGAAGAGCUGGAAACUUUGGAGAAAGUUCUCCAGUUAAAGAAGAUUGAGGCAGUUGAUCUUAAGGUUCGAAAAGAAAUUGUUGAGAUGGAACCUGAGACUGUAUUACCUAAGGAGGAAGAAGAGAUGGAGGGAGAAGUAGUGGCUGAUCAUAGUGCAUCUUACUGCCUGGUUGGAAGUCUGAGCUCUCAGUAUGGCGGAGACACAUCUAUUUUAUACCACCAGUUGGACUUGCAGACCAGGGAGCAGAAGGUCAAUCAAAUAAUAUUACUGCAGGACAUCAUUUACAAAGUGAAAACUGCUUUUAAUAAGGAAUUUGACAUAGUUGCAAAACAGAAGGAGCAUGAGAUAGCACGAGUGAAAGAAAGAAACAUGAGGAUUCGAGAAAUCCUGGCACAACUUGACCUUCAAGAGGAACUAUGGGAGCCAGCUCUUACAGAUGAUGAAAUGCCAGAGCGUGCACUUACUGUCCAGGAUUCAGAGAUUAAAGUUGAAAAGUACUUAACUCCACAGGAGAGAGCAAAAGCAGAAAUGCUGGCUAAGCUUGAAAUGGAAAGACGUCUUGCUGCUAUGGACAAUGAAAGACUGCGUGCUCUCAAUGACAUGAUGGGGGGAGUGCUAGAAGUCAAAAAGGAAGACAUCUUGAAAAUUGACAUUCCUCCACCACCUUUUAUAUCCAAGCCUGAAUCUGUUUGGAAUGAAGAAGAAAAGAAAAUAUUUAGAGACUAUGAGAAAAAAGUCCAGGAACUAAAUGAAGAAAGAGAAAAGCACAGAAGGGCACUGGAAGCUGAACUGAAGAAACUUCAAGCUUCCAUCCAGGAAACAACACAAAGUUUUGAUGAUACUAUGUACAAACUCUUUGAAAGGAAAGUGAAUUCAGAGAUGGUCAUCUAUCAGGAAGAACUCAAAAUAAUGAAUAUCCUUUACUCUUUGCUGUUGGAUGAAGAGUUGGACACUAGAGAAGCUGGACUUCAUCAUUUGCUUAGGAAGAAGCGGAAAGAGAAAAUAAAGUCUACAAAAAGAAUCCAGUGUACAAACAGGAAAAUUGAUGCCUACACAGACACUUAUGAAAAUGCAAUUGCUGAAGAUAAGAAUUUAGAAUCUGAUUUUAGAAAGGAUUUUGCUGACGUUCCCGCAUAUCUCCUUGAUCGACUUUUCAAACUUUACAGACGUCGACCAAAGAGCCAGAAGAUGAAAAUACUCCUUGACACUGCUAGCCCAUAUGGGGAUCGCUCAGGCUCAGAUGAAGAUUACAAAGAAGCACUUACCCUUUUAAGGAAAGCCAUGGAUGAAUUGGAUAAACCUGAACAUAUGCCUAAUGGCUUAGAUCCGUCUUUAUGGAACCGUUUUUGUCUAGCUAGACGAAACAAAAUGGAGAGCGAGCAACUAGUGAAGUGGAAAGCCCUAACACUGGCAGAGAUGCAGGCCUUUCUCCAGAGAAGAAUGGAUGAUGAUGAGAAGAUGAAGUCAGAAAUAGGAGACAUUUUCCAAGAACUUGCAUGGCUGCGGGAGGAGAAGAUGAAACUUCAGCUGAAUUUGACUGUCCAAUUUUUGCUAAAACAAGGACAGGUGGAAUUGGAAAGUACUGAGCUUCCAGAUUUCACUGAUGCCAUUCUUAUUAAUAAGAGUGUUAUUGAAGAACUGAAUUCCACUAUCAUGACUGAAGGAGAAAAGAAAAUUGCUAGCAUGGUGGAAUGUAAAGACUUCUUUAAAGGGAUAUUUCAGCUGGAAUGGGAACAUAAGAAAAUGAAAAUGCAGAUAGAAGAUCUGAAACAGAAGGCUCGGGAUAUUCUAACACUACGUAUUUCAAAAGAUCAGCAGCUAUUCCUAACUGUACCGAACUAUGACAACCGUGUCACCCACCAGGUUUCAACGAUGGAGCAGACUCUCAGUGUUAUGGACAAGCUGCACAAGAAGAAUGUGAAGAACUGUCAGAAAAAAAUAAAAGAGCUGGAAAAGUGCAUCAGUUUAAAGGAGCAAGCAAACUACGAACUCAGCCUGGAGCUGCAAGAAAUGCUUGUGUCUGUGUCAGAAAGGAAGCACAUCUUUGAGGCAGCUGACACACAGCUUGUUUCUGAAAAGAUUGCACAGCAGCGUUACCAAGAGAUUUUAGAGCAGAAACAGCUACGAGAUGAUGUAAAGGAACAGAAAGAGCAGCUUCAGAUUCUUCAGGCAGAAGCUGAAAGACUGAGAUCAAGAAUAUUACCUGCUCUUUAAAAAACAAAAUCCUGGUAGAUGCGUAACAAC